AUGUAUCAUCCAAGUGAGCAGGUCGCCACCCAGGCCGACACACACGGGGCCCGUCUGGCGUCUUCUAGUGGGCGCCGCCCGCAGCCAGCCAGCAACGGCGGGCGAGGCAGGUACGUCAUGGCGGUGCAUUCGCCCAUCCCGCCUGGCCGUCGGCUUGGGGUGUGUGUGUGUGUGUGUGUGUGUGUGUGUGUGUGUGUGUGUGNCUGGCUGGUCGCAUCCCCCCAUGCGCCCACGCCCACGCCCAUGCCCAUGCCCAUGCCCAUGCCCAUGGUGCGCCCAUCUGUCCUCUUGUGGGACUGGCGACAGCUGCACGCUCCAGGGCCGCCCCCGGACCAAGCUCUCGCUGCUCUCCUGCAGGCCCGGCCUUGGCAACAGCCCUGA